AUGUUUGGGCUCGGGUCCCGAAACGAGUUCAAUGUGGAGGGGCAGACCGUAGUGAUAACCGGUGGCUCCGAUGGCAUGGGCAAAGCUGUCGCACUCGAGCUAUCCGCAAAAGGCGCACACGUUAUCGUCGUUGCACGCACUGUUUCCAAGCUGCAGGCUACAGUUGAUGAGAUGAAGGCCAAAGCUGCGAAUAUCUUUAAGCAGAAGUUUCAUUAUAUCAGCGCCGAUCUCACUGAUCCCGCCGAGUGCGAAAGAAUGAUCGCAGAAGUGACAGCGUGGAAUUCUGGAGCUGCUCCCGAUGUUGUUUGGUGCUGCGCAGGCUUCUCCCGUCCAGGAUAUUUCGUCGAUGUGCCCAUCCAAGAUCACCGACAGCAAAUGGACACAAUCUAUUGGACUGCGGCCAACACAGCUCAUGCCACCCUGCGCAACUGGCUUACACCCGUUGCUCCCAGUGAACAGAUGAAAACGCCCCGGAGACAUCUCAUUUUUACCUGCUCUACUCUUGCAUUCGUUCCCAUCGCUGGCUAUUCACCAUACUCGCCUGCCAAGGCAGCCAUUCGUUCUCUAUCCGAUACUCUGAGCCAGGAAAUCGAAAUGUACAAUGGAGCCUAUACCCAACGGCACCGCAAUGAUGCCCCGGCUGCAGAUGUCAAAAUCCACACCAUUUUCCCCAUGGGGAUCCUCUCACCCGGUUAUGACAACGAGCAAAAGACCAAGCCUGAAUUGACCAAGAAACUCGAAGAGGCCGACAAGCCCCAGACACCAGCGGAGGUCGCUCAAAUCUCUGUCCGUGCCCUAGAGCGUGGGGAGUACCUGGUCACUACCAAUUUUAUUGGUGCCGUCAUGAAAGGCACUGCUCUUGGGCCCAGCCCGAAAAAUAGCAUUGUCGGUGAUACUAUGCUCAGCUGGCUCAGCAACCUGGUAUUCCUCCAGGUCAUUCCAGACCUUCGCAGCAAGGCGUUCGCUUGGGGAAAGAAAAACGGGAUCCCGAACAGUACCAGUACACCAGCUUCAUAA